UUUCUCUACUGAGCCAUCAUCAGGAAGUGAAGGGCGGUGGUUCAGAGAAAGAGCAGCGCAGGGCUAACUGACAAGUAUCGGUCUGUGGUCAGGUAAGACUUUUUUUCUACUUUGUAUUGUCAUGUGUAUCUUUAUUAGCCAAAUUUUAAACACAUUUGUCCUUUAAUUGAUGCCAGAUUUUGGUGAUUUUAAAAGCAAACACCUGAAUAUUUGUGUAGAGUGCCGUUUUAAGUGUCCGGUUGAUUGCUUUGAAAACACGGCUAACCGUUAGCUGCUUGGCUAACGACACCGCGGCUAACGUAAAAAUGUUAAAGUCAAAGGAGCUGUUUCCAACUUGGAAAUUUGUUUUAAUGACAGUUUUAUGUACGCAAGGAAAAGAAAAUUACCUUCCCGACAUUCGUAGGGGGCUAACACGAGCUUUGUGUACACUCGUUAUCUAAUAGAGUAGGAAGUAGGCCUCAGACCAUUUUGACGGGGUUUAACACUUUAUAAUUAAAAACAGUUUCAAACAUGUUUAGGCAGGUUUCUUAAACGUUCGCCCCUGGUUUCCUUCUGUUUUCUUAUGUAGCGACACCAAAAACAUUCAAAUGGAAAAGUUAAGACAGCUGUUAUAUUUACAGUUUAUCCGCAAUUUAAUUUAAACUAGUUAAAGUCUAUUUAUUUCAGCUGUUAUCAAUAUCAGGUUCAGAACAAUACUAAUUGAACCGGUGUGUUUUAACGACAAUCGUAAAAGAGGUAUUAUGUUUUUCAUUAAUGGUGUGCAGAAGCUCCAAAGAAGUUGUCAUCAACAUUGUUGCGAUUUUAUGUCGUUUUUCACACAAGAGUCUCCUGAAAAAAAAGUCUUAUAUGUGGAAAUUUGCAGCUAUUGUCUGUUUUCAUGCAAGUUGCAUGUUUACAGUUUUGGACCGAUUAGAUAACCAAAGAAACCAUAUGGUGAUAUUGAUUAUUAAAUGAUUAAAUCAGAGCUGCAUUGUUAUGCCUCUACAUUACCUACAAAGGUAAGAAAGACCAUCAGAUGUCGGAUUGUUCAUGUCCUGUUUUUGUUGUGUAACUCUGUACACGAGGGCAUGUGUCAGACAAACUGGUCUACCCUUUAUUUCCUGUCUCUAAUGGCAAAAGUGUCCAGUCAUUAAGAUGAAGCGAGGCAAGAUUCUUGCUUGUUUAACCUGUUUUUACUCCCAAAAUAUUACCACUUAAAUACAUUGUGUUUUAUAACAUACAAGUCUAGUUAAGUUUUGCACCAAGAACUCUUAUCAGACUACCACAAGCUGUAAUGUCAGCAAUCAACAAAACAGACGUGUUAGGCAUCAAAACAUGAGUGUGCACUCCUGAAAUGAUCCUUCCUCUUAGUAAGAGAGUCUUGCAAGAUGAUAGAUGAUCCUGUUUAAGCUGACUUGGAUGCAAAAACUUCAAAAGAACUUUUACUGAAGACUGAGUGAAGUCAAGGAAUGACAAACAUGUUACCAACAUGAGACCAAAGGGUAUGUCCAUUGAGAGUUAAAAAUAUUGCUCAAAAUCUACAGUAUGGUCUUAUGAAGGAACAUUUACCUAUGGUACAAUGACAUUUGCCUUCAUGAUACCUGGGUCCAAGAUUAUAUCUAGCUAAAUCAUAUUAUUCAAAGCAUCUCGAUACAAGGCUAAACUGUGGACAGCACUCGCCGCUCAUGAACAUACAGCGCCAUAACAUGAUAACCAGUCAAGGUAAGGCUGUGAAUGUUGGACCGUGUGAGUCUACCUUGAAGAUAUUGCCUCAUAAGGGCAUCUGUCCUCACAUCACUAAGUUUCCUACCCUUAGUGAAACCAGUGAGCUGAUCAACCUAGAAAGAUGAGGAACAUCGCCAUUUAUAGCUCAGCGAGGGACACUACUCUGGGGAUUCAUUGCCAGAGAAUUAAAAUACCCUGACACACACACAGAGUUGUGGGUAAUGACAAGAUCUUAUUUUGGGUAACAGGAUGAUCCACUCUACCUUUGAUCAGAUACUUUCCUUGUGUGUCAUCUUCAGGCAUGUUUUUGUCAACAUGCUCCCAACAGUUUUGACAUCAUUGAUCAAAACACUGCACCUGACUUUAUUUAAAUAAAAAUUAUACAUUUUUAGCCUUCCAGGUAAACAUUUUAAUGAAUCUAGUUCCUGGUUGCUGAAUUUGUUAUGAUUAUCUCCAAUCUUCUCUCCACAGGUAAAAUACAAAAACAGUCAAAAUGUCGAGCAAAAGGGCAAAGUCAAAGACCACAAAGAAGCGCCCUCAGCGCGCCACCUCCAAUGUCUUCGCCAUGUUUGACCAGUCUCAGAUUCAGGAGUUCAAGGAGGCUUUCAACAUGAUUGAUCAGAACCGUGAUGGCUUUGUGGACAAAGAGGACCUUCACGACAUGUUGGCCUCACUGGGUGAGUAGACGAGUUUGGAUGAGCUGAGAUGUGCGAAAUGCACACGAGGGACAAAGCAUUUAUGUAAUUUAGGGUGUGCACCGACAUGGUUUGAAACUCGUCCGACAACUAAACAUGUUAAUGUGGAUCAGUCUUUAAUCUCACUUGUGCGUAAACCUUUUUGCACUUUAUUUGAAUUCCUCGUUUUUGUUCCAUAAAGGGAAAAACCCGACUGAUGAGUACCUGGAGGCCAUGAUGAUGGAGGCUCCUGGACCUAUUAACUUCACCAUGUUCCUCACCAUGUUUGGAGAGAAGCUGAACGGAACAGACCCUGAGGAUGUGAUCCGAAAUGCAUUUGCCUGUUUUGACGAGGAGGGGACAGGUAAACCGUGACAGCUAAAUAUUCCAGAGAGAGAACUGUGUUUACUUUUGUCUCAGCUGUGAGGUUUGGGGUUUCAAAGUCUUCUUCAUUUUGAACCUACUCUGCUUAUUUUACUUUCUAAUCCCUCUUCUCACCACUUGAAAAACAUGGAUGUUGUAGUCUUUGAAAAGGGUACUAUUCAGUAAAAUUAACUUGCCUUUAAAGGUUCGUUCACAUAAAUGGUUUCUCCUCGAUGGUGGAAAUUCUGUAGGAGAUGAUUCCAGUGUUGUUUCAAGUCUUAACGUCCUCUUAUCUGAUCCGAACUCCCCCCCUCAGGUUUCAUCCAGGAAGAUUACCUCAGGGAGCUGCUCACAACAAUGGGUGACAGGUUUACAGACGAGGAGGUGGACGAGCUCUUCAGAGAGGCCCCCAUUGAUAAGAAGAGUAACUUCAACUACGUGGAGUUCACACGCAUCCUAAAGCACGGCGCCAAGGAAAAAGACGAUUAAAGAAAGAUCCAUACCAGCGUUCUCUUCUCCACCCUCUCUGCCUCCUCCAUCAGCUAGAUCACCGCUGCAUGUCCCAACUCUCCAGUUUAAACCCCUGUGUCAAACAUACCAAAGCAAUAACUAUCCACUUCUAUUUGUCGAGAACUUCCAGUAUUGCCAAAUAUACACAUCUCUUAUGAGGAGAAAACAUGUCAGUGGUUGUAAAAAGUUUUUCUGUCAUGUGAAGAUGUGAAGUGGCAGCACUUGGGAAGCUCUUAGGGAUAAGUCUUUGCAAUUCAUGUGAUCGGGUUUAGCUGAAUUUUUACAUUUUAUAAUAUAAACUUUUUAAAUAAAGCCCUUUAUCAAGUUGUAUUUCUCUGUUUUUCCCUUUCCAUAAAUGACAUCUGAAACAAGUGAUGCAUCUCUCUCUUUUUUUUUUGCCCAGGCUUGCUUAAAAUGCUUAGGCACCAUUUUCUCUCAAGUGUAUCAAGCCCGGACAAGUCUGCUCUGUCUCCUCACUGAAUACAUUCAACGAGUGCAGACUAGCACCAUCUGAAUACUUUCAGUCAAAGGAGGUGAACAUACCAUGACCACCUACUAAAAAUGAUGACUGUCAAAGAGGGAGUGUCUUUAUGUAAUAGAAAUACUCAUCCAGUAAACAAAACACCAUCACACUGAUGUUUUAAAGUGGCUGCAACUAAGUAAGGAAGAGAAUUAAUAAAAUUUAUAGUAGAUGAGUUAAAAUAAGGUAAUUUAGAUAGUUGUGGAUCAUGUGUACGUAAGAGUGGAGAAGCUGUUGAGUGUAAACCAAACCACAUCUUUUCAACUGGUUUACCUGUUAAAAAGAUGAGCUGUAUCAAUAGUAUUGUUUAGUUGCUUAAGAUAAGAUCAGAGUAAUUCUACUCCCACUAUAACAGACAAGUCUAACAGUAGAGAUGUUUCAGUUGUUAGAUUUACUGUCAAAACUGUUAACGACAAUAGACGUAUGGUGUAAUGAAAUUUUAAUAAGGAUUUGUCAUUUGUCACGAUAUAAAUCAUGUAAGAGACUGAAUGAACUCAAGUAAACCUUAGUCUUUUUGGAUUUCCAUGUAAAAUGUCGCCCUCUGUUGUCCAAGUCAAGCAGUGCAUGUGCUGCAUUCAAGUGCUAUCGGAUAAAGUUGUAGAAUUUCUAAUUACGAUGGUAAAUGUAGUUUUCUGCUCUCUUUUAUGUCGUAAAUAUAUAAAGCUACAAGAGUGUUUCUUUUUAAAACAGAAACAAAUAUCAAAUCAGCCUUUACAUGAAAACAUAAUCUCUUUGAGUCUGUGUGUUUGCUAAACGAAUAAAAAAAAAAGUAAAAAAAAAAAAA